AUGAGACUCAUUGUGAAUUUUUUGUGUGCAGUCCCUCCUGCCAUACUAGCUCUCUCUCUCACCCCCUCCCUCCCGUCUUGUGUUCGGUCUUGCAGAACGCCUCCCUCCGGUGCCGGGGUGCAGUCGGAGGGAGCAGGCUUGGACGAGGUGAAACAGAAUCUUCGUCUGGUUGCAACCGCUUUGGACGCUCACCCCGACGCAGAGGCGGCGUCCGUCGGCAAAGCCGGGACGGAAUCCUCGGGGUCGCUGCUGCCGCAGCAAAAUUCGAAACCCAGUCGUCCGCACGGCGUGCGCAAGUUCAUCUCCCGACCGACUCUCCGUCCGCACUAA